GAAGCUUUGGCCGAGCAAAUGUUUGAGGCUACUAUCCACCAGUCACUCCCUUCCCAUUCUAACAUUGUCACCCUCCAUCGAACGCUCGAGACCUCCUCAUUUUUACUUCUCUUGCUCGAGUUUGUACCUGGCGAGGACCUGUUCUACUUUUUGGAACAGGCUCGCGACCAUUUUGAUACCGACCCCGCCGCUGAGGACCCUCUGUCCUCUUCUCGUACCCCUCCGACGCCCAGCCUUCUAUCUUCCAUGCAUUCCGCCCAGCUCUUGUCUCCUGCCCGUCUGCGUCUGAUCGCGUCUAUGUUCUCGCAGAUGUGUGAAGCCGUGGCGGUCUGCCACGAUACCUCUGUUUUUCAUCGCGACAUCAAGCCUGAAAAUUUCAUUGUCACAGAUGGUUGGCAGACUGGCGUUGAUGGUAAGAGGGAGCGCAAGGUCAUCGUGAAGUUGACCGAUUUUGGGCUGUCCACUACGGAUGUCGAGUCUUCUGACGUGGAUUGCGGCAGUGCACCAUACAUGAGCUAUGAAUGCAGGAACUAUGUGGCUCCCACGUAUCGACCUCGUGCUGCAGACGUAUGGUCGUUGGGCAUCGUUUUGAUCAACAUGCUCUACCACUACAACCCAUGGCCAGACACAGUCGAGGGCGGCGGCUCGCUGUUCGAGAUUUACCGCCAACAUCCUGUCGACUUUUUCAUGUCACGUUUCCAAGGCAUGACGCUUCCUGUGGCGCAGUUUUUUGCAGACAAAGUGUUCUGCAUCCUCGCCGACGCUCAAGGUGAUUCGCAGCGCAUUGGCGCCCGGGAGUUCGGGGUCUGGGCCAAGGAUCUACCCUCCCUACUUGGGCAUCGGCAUUCCCACAACCGUGCUCUCUCGGCCGUUUCGAUCUCCGGCCUCCCGCUCUCUUCGGCUCCGCCAUCCCGCCGUCCGUCCUCAAGGCAAGCGUCAUUCGCGAAUUCGCCUUUCCGCACCUCGGUUCCCCUCUCGCGCGCGAUGUCCCGUGCGCCUUCUCUCGGUCCUGCUUACGAAGUCGAGGGCACCGAAUUGCCACCCGUCCUCAGCGAGGUAGGUGAGGAGCAGGUUGAUGAGGCUUCGACCUCGCGGUGCACCUCCACGACCAGACAACGCACGCGCGGCAACAGGGGCAAGGGCGCGCCUGCCCCUCUCGUCCACGAUGCCACGUCAGAGAUCCUCGCGUCCGCAUCGCAGACUUUAGCGAGAGAGCUCAGCGAAAUGACGAAGCCAAAGAGCAUCAAUUCACCCAAUACGCCAUCGUCGGCUGGUCUCUCCAUUCCACCGACACCUGUUUCUGACGUUUCGCCGGUUGUCGUCAAGAAGCCUUCAAAGUGGAAGCUUGGGUUUGGAAAGGGCAACUCGGAGCGAGCUAUGAGCGGUGGUCGUGCUUCUCCCAGUGUUGCGAUCGUGGAGUCCGUUGCUUCGCGGUUGGACUUGGACUCGAAGCACACCCUUGGAACCGCCUCGAAUGUCACAAACAUACUCAUGGGCCUCAGUGCCCCUGUGCCGUCAGCUGGUACCGAUGACGGCGCAUCCGUUCGCAGUCGUGGUCGGCAGCCAAAGCCAACGCCUUCGCUCGCACCGAGCAACGCGAGCUGGAGCCGCCCAAGCCGAUCGCCGCUGGCCAACAGCCAAAGUCCCAAUGCGAUCUCCAUUCAUAGUGUCGACCGCCGCGGCGCAUCGCCCACCAGCACGCGUAGUGGCCGCCCUCUCGCAUCGAGCGCGAGCUCGAUGGCGUCAAAUAACUGGCGGAGCUCGAUGUCAAGCACCAACACCUCUACAUCGGCCUUCACGCGAUACAGCAAUACGAGUACGCGCAGUGUGUCGACGUUUGCGACGAGCGUGUCAUCGACGUCGAGCAACUGGCGUGACGGGCAGGGUAAGCAGCCCGGGCGGGGGAAGUCGCCAUUCAACGCGGCCCAACACCCGCCCUCCAACGUCAAGAUCAUGGCUGGUAUACCCUGGGAGUUGGGCGAGCUCCCGCGCGACAUGCAUCCGAACCCCACCGGCGACGUCUUCAGCCAACCGCCCGUGCGCAAGCAGCGUGUGCGAAAGCCGAAGAGCCAGCCGCUAGAUACGAUCACCGAGCGGCCGGCCAUGUCGCCCCAGAAGCGGGUCGAGUACGGGCAGGACGCGGCGACGAGUACCACAGACCUCAGCGGCUUGGCCCACGACGGCGGCAGGGACGUUGGCGAAGAGGCCUCGCCGAAGAAGGUCCAGAAAGGGCAGGUCCAUGCUCUCGCGAAGCUGCUCACUUCGCUGCGCCGGUGAACAUCGAAGCGCAUUGCGGCAUGGUCUUAGUACUAGCAUUGGCACUAGUACAAGGAGUUGUUCGAAUCGAGCAAGGGUUGACAUGGGACGCGUUCAUGGUCCACACAUCAUCACGCGGUACGGGUCUGGCAUACUGGUGUCGCAUUGUAUUGUUAAAAGCUUACAAUACUGAAGUCAACUGGUCGAAGUCUUUCGUUGACGCAAGUCUCUAAUUGUCCUUUCCAUAGACGUUCAUUGCCCCACCCACCCCACGCACGCCGUGGGGUUGUUUCUUCAAGGACUAUUUAAUCACAUUCUGCCGGGUUUUUAUAUAUCGUAGCGUAGCGUGAUGCUUGUCGACCACUGUCCGUGUUCCCACUCCGUGUCAAAGUGCACCAUGUUGCUUUAGUUAUGAAUACGAUUAGUGUUCGUCUACGAACUUCCAGCAGGGACACUGCUCCCGGCCUCCAAAUAAAACCUUCCGAUCACGAGUCC